ACGAAACUUUGAUCGCCGAUCGGCAGGAAACCUGAAUACACUGAGAAUUACUUGUUUACAAUGGCUGUGCUCAACAACUGGGAGAAAGUUUGCAGAUUGUGCUUGGAGGAGAGAAACGAGAUGCUGCCGAUUUUCGGCAACGAAGGUGUGCAGCGCAAAGUCGCGCAAAAGCUACGAGCCUGCUUGCCUGUUUUAGUAUACAAAACCGAUCCACUGCCAAAGCAAAUAUGUCAGUUCUGCGCCGCCAGGUUGGACGACGUUUACGAGUUUAGGGAAUAUUGUUUGAGUGUUUACAAGUGCAUGCACAUAAAGUUGUUGGCAUGCAAGGAUCUCGAGUCCGUUCAGAUUUACUUGGACGCAAUGAAGAACUCUCCUGACCCUUGUCAGGCACAAUUAUGGAGGGAGAAGGCACGAGCACCACCACCAUUAGUACCUCUGCCAGCCUCACUGCCAGUUGAGAAUCCAUCAACACCAAUAGAUAUUAGUCAAGAACAUACAAAUACAUGUAUUGAAUCUUUGCCCGAAUUACCUUGCGAAGUAGAGAUCAAGGAAGUGAAUACAGAUUCAAUUUUAGGAACUGAUGUUAGUAUUUAUGAAUCACAGAGUGCAAACAAUGUAAAGAAUGAACUGUAUAAGCCAGAUAUAAUAGUGGAAGAUAAUGCUAGUUUGUCAAGCGAAGAGAACAAUUAUUCACAAGAAGAAAUACAGAUAAAAAAGGAAGAGAAAAGAACGAGUAUUUUAGAACAAGUGCUAAUGGGCAGUUUAACAAUGAAUGAUAGGAAGGAUUUAAAUUCAAAGGAAAUGUUAUCUUCGAAGUGGUGGUGUGCUCCUUGCAAUAGUUACUACAGAACAAAAGAAAGCUUAAUGAAACACAUGCAGUUACAUUGUCCAAGGAAGUACACUUGUAGAAAAUGCACAGAGUGCUUUGCAUUAGUCGAAGAGUUAGCUAAACAUGAAGCUACUAGCCAUUUAAAAGUGACACUGGAUUUUGAUAAAAGUCUUCAAGAUUGUGAUCAAUGCGACAGACAGUUUGUGAGUUGGGAAAUGUUAAAGCAACACAGGCUACGCGAUCAUUUAGGCGAAGCAAUUGAUAUUGGGACCAAUACAUGGUGCUCAUUAUGCAAUAGAUUUUUCCCAAGUAUAGAAGCCUAUCAAAAUCAUACUCAGUUACACGAAACUAAUAAUUAUACACCGGUGAAGGCUUCACAAUUGUCGGAUCAACAAGUAACAAUUAUCAAAGCCGAAGAACCUCCGAAGGAAAUAAGGAGAGAACAUUUCGUAGAAGCUACCAAAUCACUUACAUGUCCCACGUGUGGAAAGGUGUGUACGCAACAAAGUGCAUUGUCGAAUCAUAUGCGCACCCAUGAACCCAAAAGACAUAAAUGUGAUAUAUGUGGACGAUCUUUCGGACUUUUCAUACGUUUAGCAGCGCAUAGAAUGAGCGAACAUAGUCAACAGCCUACAAUGUCGCCCGUCAUGGCUAGCGUUGAACAAGAAGAAGCAUUAAAUGCUGAAAGAGAAGCAAGGGAAGCCAGAACCCGUGCAAGAUGCAGAACAUAUUCAGAGAUGAUGGACAGGAAAGACAUCACCAACCAUGAAGAACCACCUCCAAAAAAGAAUACUCCCAAUGCAUUUAAAAAUGUGGCAAGAUGCGGUAUCUGUUUAGAGUGGUUCAGUGAUCAUACAACAAUGUUAACGCAUUUACAAACGCAUUCGGACAACUACACUUGCAAGAACUUCAUUUGUCAUAUAUGUAAAAAAUCUUUCAAAGAGAAAUGGCAGUUGUUUAGACACGAGAUGUCUCAUAAACGUAAUGAAUCCGUGCCAAUGUACAUAUGUUCCGUAUGCAACAAAUCGUUCGCCGACAAGAAUGCAUACAAAACGCAUCAGAAGACGCACAUCGUAGAUAAGACAUAUCACUGUUCGAAAUGUAAUAAAAUAUUUUUUAAAGAGGUGACACUGUUGACACACCAAUGCACGACAGAAGGUUUAUUCGGUAAAAAGGGUGUUACAGCGAAGUCUUCGCAAAGAUCAGGAUCAUUGGGCAGUGGGAAAAAAUACAAGUGUUCCAAAUGUAACGCGACGUUCAGUAGUUUUCAAUCGAAGAAUUCUCAUAUGAGAGUCCAUACAGAAGGCUCGCAUUCAGUGGUACAAAAGGACGAAAUAAAAAUAGAGUCAGAAGAUGAGUCUAUGCCAAAAUUAAGUCCUGAAGCAGCGUUGGAAUAUUCAAUGGCUAUUGAACCAAAGGUGGAAAUUAAUGAAGAGAGUGCACCACCGCCUCUUAAACGAACUCUUAUUAAGACAACUGGCGGAUAUCGAUGUGGAGUAUGCCAGUCUCCGUUCGUCUUACGGGAAUUAGCUGUCGCUCACUUAAGAUCUGCACACCCGUUAAUGCCGUACCAGUGUCCUUAUUGUAAAAAACGAUUCACGACUCAGUACACUUUCACGCAUCAUAUAAAAUCAGAUCAUCCUGAUGAGCAUGAGAAUUGAGUCGUACAGAGUUACUAUUAGCUCUAACAUGCCAAAUGAUUCUUGUACCAUAAACUAUGCUUCGAGUCGGAGAUAGUUUCUGUUUAUCUACAAGAUACACAACAUGAUUUUUACGACGUGACCGAUGCAAUUAUUUUUGGUAAAUUUACUGUGACCAACGAUGACCUACAACUGACACUCUGUUUUAACUAUUUACAGUUUCA